GGCUUGCUCUGAACAAACGCCCACCAUUCCCAGCCAUCCGGGACGGGAAUCCAGAGCCGCGCAGUUCUAAGAGCCAUUGCUCUUGUCGUCGUACUUCCCUUUGUCUGAGCAAGGUUGACUCUUUCUCCAGACUGGGACCAGAGCAACUCCAUUCUGCUGAUCAACAAGGCAGCAUGGGGCCGGGAUUUCCGCGUGUACCACCAGUUUGAAGGUACAGACAGGCGGGGUGAAGUGCAUUUAUGUCAGAGAGCAGAGGAGAGGCAUAAUAUGGAAUACUUAAUGCUGCCGACUCACCCUGCGACCCAGCUCCAAGUGCUGGACCACAACGUAAACCACCCACAGAUGGGAUUGAACUACUCCCGCCCACCGGGGAACCACGAUCUCUUUUGGCUCGUUCCACCGUCCUUCCAAGCCUCUCACCGGCACCGGCGCCGCCAGUAUCGCCAUCGUCGCCGAUCAUUCUGUUAUGAUUCUGGCGAGGCCUCAAGAAAAAAGAAAAGCAGCCCCUGCUUCGUAGCACUGCUGUGUUGCGCUUGUUUUGGUUUAGUUCGCCUAGACACAGACACCGCCAGUACGGCACAAGGUAACCGCAAGCGUACCUGCCACACAACCAAGGUAAAGAGAGGAACAAUGUCCGACCCACCCUCAGAAGCAACUAUCCUAGCCCAGCUGGACGCGUGGGUGCUAGAGGACGAGCAAGCCCGCAGGAUCCUGCACAUGGAACUCCUCGAGCGGGAGCUAGGCCAGCAGCGUGACAGCACCCACACCAAGACCAAGAACAAGACCAAAGCUACUACUACCCCUCGUAGUAGUAGCAGAUCCCUUGAGAAAUCAAAAUCCCAACCGCGCCAGCACCAGGAACUUGAAGAGCCUGAGCCCGAACAGACGGCCGUCAGCCUCGCCAUGCAGCUGUCCCUGGAGGAAAGGGAGGCGGGGUUGCGGCAGGCGAUGCUCGAGCAGGCAAGGCUGGAGGCGUCGUUUGCUGCGCAACAGAAGCGCAGACGCGAACGCGAACGCGAGCUACAACUGGAAUUGCAACGGGAAGCUGCUGCGACGGCGAGGCAAGAAAGGGAACGGGAACGGGAACGGGAGGCGGUGCGCGAGCGGGACAGAUUUGAGGCUGAGGUUAGGUACUACAACUACGCGCGGAGUGAGAGGAAGGAGAAGGAGAGGGUGGAAAGGUCUGAAAGAGAGGUGGUUAGGUUUGAUUUGAAGAGGGUGGAGAGGGAGAGGGAAGAGAAGGAAAAGGAGAGAAAGACCCGGCAGGGUCAUGUUGGGGAGUCUGUUCUAGACGAGGUUGUGAACCGGGUGCGUGAGGAGAUUGAGGAGGAGGCCCGGUUGGGAAGAAGAAGGCAAAACAAGUUAACGCGGGACCGGGAGGCGGAGAGGUUGCAGGCCAAGGCCAAGAUCAUGUGGCAGCAGGUGAAGGCAGAUGUUGCCGAAGACUCAGAAUCGGAGCGCAACCCAACCUGGAAAGAUCGGCCUCGGCUUGAUCACCAUCGCCAUCACGCUACGAGUACGGGCUAUCUCACGCUCGACUGGGACCUCUCCACCACAACCACGGCGCGGCGGGUGGGGGACAACGAGACCGAGACUGCUAAGGGAUUACCAUCCAUGCACCGGUUGCGCCCUGACACCCGCUCUGCAUUCCCGCAAGUCCGUUUCCGGGAUGGAGACGUGGAAACUGAGACUGAAACUCGUCACGUCCGCCGUUGGGAGGAUGGUCGUGGCCGCUGGGCCGAGACGGAGGCUACCUUCUGGGAAGACGACGAGCUCGAGGACAGCUACCUCUGGAGCAAGGUGUCUACGGAGCAUUGGGGGGUUGCCAUCCGUCAGGAGGAGCAAGGGCGGGACGGAUACCGUCGGUAUCGAGAAGCUUCUAGGUUUGGAAGAGGGUUCAUUUGAGGCUCCAUGUCGUCUAGUGGGCGUUUCUUGGUCCAAUAUUCUUGGGUCGGUUUCAUAGAUUUGGGGUUCGGUGUCUUUCGCUUUCUCAUUUGAUGGAUUUGGCAUGUGAUGGGUUGGAAGUUAUUAUGGGGAGGUGGGAUAUGGGAGAGAACUACCGGUGAACUUGGGGUCAGGUAGCUACCGUAUCAACGCCAGAGGCGGAGUCAGUCAUCAAUGGCCUACUCAAUUACUCUCUCAACUUUGAUUACCGAAUGGCGAAUCUCAGCAGCAUCGGGGAAUGUUCUCUGCCCUGGAUAUCUUGCUGCUCACACUU